AAUGAACGGGUGCGCCGCGAGGGCGCAGGGGGCCGCAACUUAAGAUAAGGCGGCCUGUGGUGGCAGUGCCAGCAGCUCGGAGCUCUCCGGGAAGAUACCCGAUCGCGCCGCCGUGGGAGGAACCCGAGUCCCGGGCCGAAGCUGCCCCGGGAAAGCUCUCAGGCGGCAUCAACAUGGCUGCGGCCCUGCGAGCUGCGGGCGCCCUGCUCCGCGAUCGGCUGGUGCCUGGAAGCUCAAGGGCCCGCCAACCAUGGAGGGGCCAGUCGAUUGGAGCCACGGCGGCAGCUGCCACAGAAACAGCCCAGCGUACCAGAAGCCCAGAACCUCAAGUUCAACCGGGGAAGAGGAAGCCGAAGACUGGAAUAUUAAUGCUGAACAUGGGGGGCCCUGAAACCCUGGGAGAUGUUCACGACUUCCUUUUGAGGCUCUUCCUGGACCGAGACUUGAUGACGCUUCCUAUUCAAAAUAAGCUGGCACCAAUCAUCGCCAAACGCCGGACCCCCAAAAUUCAGGAGCAAUACCGCAGGAUCGGAGGCGGGUCCCCCAUCAAGAUGUGGACUUCCAAGCAGGGAGAAGGCAUGGUGAAGCUGCUGGAUGACUUAUCCCCCAACACAGCCAGAGAAUGUUGGACCAGCCAUCCUUCCAUGUGCGCACGUGCUUCUCCCUCCCGCCGUCUGCUCCCGUCCUUGGGCACUUGCGCCAUCGGCUGCCGGUUCCCCGUGUCCAGUCACUGUGGAAUGUUUGAUGCAGAUAGGUCCCCCGGCUACCACUGCCGGGGCCAUCCCUACCCACCGUCCCGCUGCCAAGGGGAAGGCUCACCUGUGGUCGAGCAGCUGUACUGUGGAUACUGCGUGAAGGUGGUCAACAGAGGGGAUCCCUAUCCUCAGGAGGUGGGCGCCACUGUGCAGAGAGUCAUGGAUAAGCUGGGUUACUCCAACCCCUACCGACUGGUUUGGCAGUCCAAGGUUGGUCCGAUGCCCUGGCUGGGCCCUCAAACAGACGAGACCAUCAAAGGGCUUUGUGAGAGGGGGAGGAAGAACAUUCUUUUGGUCCCGAUAGCGUUUACCAGCGAUCACAUUGAAACGCUGUACGAACUGGACAUCGAGUACUCCCAAGUUCUGGCUAACGAGUGUGGAGUUGAAAACAUCAGAAGAGCAGAGUCUCUUAAUGGAAAUCCAUUGUUCUCCAAGGCCCUGGCCGAUUUGGUGCUGUCACACAUCCAGUCAAACGAGCUGUGCUCCAAGCAGUUGACUCUGAGUUGUCCGCUCUGUGUAAAUCCUGUCUGCAGGGAGACUAAAUCCUUCUUCACCAGCCAGCAGCUGUGACCCCAGCCAGAGGACCCCGUGGGAUUAGGCAAAUGCCCAACCCCCAGAUACCUCCAUUGUGGAGGAGAUGUAUUCAGAGAUCAGGGAAGAAAGUUACAUUGGUAUCUGUACCGCCUUUGGGCACAAAUUGUGUGAUUUCUUGGGGAACAGAGUCUGAAAUCCUUAUUGGGGUUUUCUAUUUUUAUAUCCUAAUACAGGAAGCAUUUAUAUCCCCCCUCCCUGGGUAAAGUUACUGGUUUGGAAUGUCCACUGGGCUAUUUAAAAACUAAGUUUUAAGAAUUUAUCUUAAUAGAUGCACACAUAUUUUAAAUACCGAUUUGGGGUUUAUUGCUCAAAAAACCUGCAUGGGUGAUUAAUGGAGAGUCCCCUCUGUGGGCUGUCAGUGUGAAUGAGAUCUGUUUACAGUCUUGUGCAUAUAGUUGUCUUGUUUUUUAAGUGAACAGACUUGACUGAAGGAAAUAUAAUUUGAAAAGGAACUGUUACCUAAUCUUUCUCUAAGCCCAUGGGUUACAGAAGGCCAGUAAUGAGGCAGGAUGGUCACCUAUAAUGGCUGCUUUUUCAGCAAUUAAUGGUGAUGUCCCCAUUAACUGGUCAUUGUGGUACUUACGUGUGAACCUCACUUUUCUCACCAUAAAACCAAAUCGAGUACAGAUUCCAAAAGUGCGUUAAGAUUCCCCAGGCACACAAGGCUAAUAAACCUAUAGAAAUCCAGCAUGGGUCAUACUUGCCUGGUGAGGAUCUGCAGUGUCACAGGAAAGGGGGCUCUCACUGCUUCCCGUCCCCAAGGACUGUGAUGCCGGGAAAUACUAACAAUGGGCUUCAUCUCUAAAGCUGUCCCAGGACCUGGUGAAACUUUACAUGGAGCAUCUUCUUUAUUUUGCUUGAAUGCCUUCUUUCUGCCCGUUUGUUUGAAGAAUUACUUUAUAAAGUCAGCUGUUUUGUAAUCUUGAAUUCUUUCUUAAUUUAUAAUUUUUACCGUGAAAAUGACGUAACCCUGCUCUUGGAAAUUUGAAAAAUAGAGGGAAAAAAAUCACUCUAAUGCAACAGCAAUUAAUCAUAUUCUUCUAUCUCAUGCCAGUCUUUUCCUGUGGAUAUUUUUAAUGCCAUUGUAACCUUGAAUUUGUGAGUGAAAAGUUGUUCUAAAAAUGUAGAAAUAAUGUAAGAUCAGAAUCUGAUCUCCUUUACUUGGAUUUAAAUGGAUUAAAAAAAUCUCUGAUGGAUCCGUAA